AUGUCACAAUUAAUUCACUUUUUAAUCUUAUUAUUGGCUUUUAGCUGGUCUGCUUCAGCCCAAGCGCCGCCAGCUGCGCCAGCUGCACCACCUGCAUCAACUACUACAAUCACUAUUACAGUCACUUUGACAAAUACAUACACCCCCGCCGCUAUUACAAUAACUCAGACAUACACCCCCGCCGCUAUUACAGUAACUCAGACAUACACCCCGCCAGCAAAUGCGCUUCCUUCUAGUGCCCCUUCCGCCCCUCUUGCAGAACCACAAUCAUCCUCAUCUAAUAUUGGAAUUUAUAUUGGUGUUGCUAUAGGUGGUAUUGUAGUUGGCUUUAUCUUUGCUUUUGUUGGAUAUCGUCGCUGA